GGAUUUCAAAGCUACUACGAGUGGCUAGCUAGUAAAGCUAAAAACAAGCUUCGUGUUGUUGGACUUAAAAACGUUUUAAAAUGUCCAAAAAUCACCCUCCGUCUUCGGCAGCCACGACCACCGGAGGACCCUCAUCUUCAUCCUCUUCAUCCCCGGCUGGAGGAUCCACAUCUCCCGCCACGGUGAUGAACGUUCAGCCCGAGAAACCUCAACAUUACACGUAUCUGAAAGAGUUCAGGACGGAGCAGUGCCCGUUGUUCGUGCAGCACAAAUGUACGCAGCACCGGCCCUUCUCCUGUUUCCACUGGCACUUCCUGAACCAGCGACGCCGCAGACCCAUGCGUCGCCGGGACGGGACCUUCAACUACAGCCCCGACGUUUACUGCACCAAAUAUGACGAGGGGACGGGAACCUGCCCGGAUGGAGACGAAUGCCCGUUCCUGCACCGGACAGCGGGCGACACGGAGCGCAGAUAUCACCUCCGAUAUUAUAAAACCGGCUCCUGUAUCCACGAGACGGACUCGAAGGGCCACUGCAGUAAAAACGGGUCGCACUGCGCCUUCGCCCACGGAUCACAUGACCUGCGCAGCCCUGUGUAUGAUAUCAGGGAGGUUCAGGUGAUGGAGUGUCAGGGCGGCCCGGGGCCCUCGGAGGGGGGAGGUGGGGGAGGAGAGUCGGGUCAGGCUGCGAGUACAGCGCUCAUCGAGAAGAUCCUGAGCGAGGAGCCACGCUGGCAAGAUAACAACUACGUCCUGUCCCACUACAAGACGGAGCUCUGUAAGAAGCCUCCUCGUCUGUGUCGUCAGGGUUACGCCUGUCCGUACUACCACAACAGCAAAGACCGGCGGCGCAGCCCGCACAAACACAAAUACAGAGCGCUGCCUUGUCCGGCGGUGAAGCAGAGCGAGGAGUGGGGCGACCCGAGUAAAUGUGAGGGAGCGGAGGGCUGUCAGUACUGCCACACCAGGACAGAGCAGCAGUUUCACCCCGAGAUCUAUAAAUCCACAAAGUGUAACGACAUGCAGCAGAGUGGCAGCUGCCCCCGGGGGCCCUUCUGCGCCUUCGCUCACGUAGAAAGACUUUUUACUGCAGAGGAGCCUUCUUUCCCCACACCGAGCUCCCCCCCGCCCCCCCGGCCUCCGGACCCUAUUCCUGCUCAGGAAUCCUCCUCCAGUCCCAGCAGGCUCAGCAUGAUGGGUUCUGGUUCAGGCCCUUUCUCCCCCUCUGCGGGGUCAUGUGUGGAGCAAGGGCUUCUGGGUAAUGUGUUGUCUCUGUGCGAGGAUAUGAGCGCGUGGGCAGGAGAAGGGGGGUACGGGAGAGCGCCGGGAUUUGAGAGGGAAGACCAGGCGAAGCAAAGGAGUUUCGCCCUGGAGCAGCGACACAGAGAAUUUGCCACAGCACAAAGCAAACAGGACUUGUUGGUGUUCCUGCCUGUCGGAAGCCCCCUCAGUCUCUCCUCCAGCAUCCCCUCCAGUCUGGCUGCCACACCCCCCAGCCCGGCCCCCAUCGGACCCCCGGGAUCCAGCAUCUCGUCGGGCAUGAACGCCAACGCCCUGCCCUUCUACCCCACCAGUGAGACCGUGGAGUCUGUCGUUGAGUCGGCUCUGGAUGAUCUGGAUCUGAAUGAUUUUGGUGCUUCGGUGCUGGAAAACUCUGCUCUGCCCAAUGUGGGAGUCAUGCUGGGAGGUAGCCAGUUCCAGAGUUCAGCCCCCGUAAAUAUCCCGGGGUCUUUUAGCAGCUCCGCCCCUUUUAGCUCGCCUUCACCCUCUCCACCAAUCAGGGCUCACGCUUCGCCUUUCUUCUCCACGGCCCUCUCACAACCGUGCCAAUCAGAGAGCACCUUCCUGGGACCAUCGCACAGCUCGUUAGGUCUGAAUGGUAUGAGCAGUAAUAUCUGGGAGCAUUUCCCCUCGGGUCAGGGCUCUCCGGGGACCCCCCCCACGCUGCUGCCGUCGGGCCCCUGUGCCGAAACGUCUCGUCUCAAGCAGGAGCUGGAGGAUGCUCAGAGGGCCCUGAAGCAGUGGGGCCACAGCUGGAGGCACUCAGCUCAGUCGUGGGCUGCACUGAAGGCGGACGCAGAGGAGUCUCGAGCUCAUGCGGCCCGGUUAGCCAUGGAGGCGGAGCGAGCGAAGCAGGCUGAGGAGGAGGCGCAGCGGCAGGCCACUCUCCUGCAGGAGGCGCUGGAGAGCUUGAGGAACGGAGAAAACCCUCACCUGGCUCUACACCAGCUGCGGCUGCUGCACCGGCUGCCGCUGGACUCCGUGCUCAGCCUGCAGGCGCAGAUCUGCAGCUGCCUGCAGGCCGUGGAGCAGGUGGUCUACAGGAGGCAGAGGCAGUGCUGUGUGACCUGUGGUGGUCCGGGCUCCGUGUCGCUGGUCUGCGGUCACGGCCUGCAGUGUGAGAGCUGCUCCGGCUCCACGGACUGCCCCCUCUGCCCCGAACAGACCCCAGACCAGCAGCUCUCCUGACACCCAGAACAGACCCCGGACCAGCAGCUCUCCUGACACCCAGAACAGACCCCGGACCAGCAGCUCUCCUGACACCCAGAACAGAACCGGGACUAGCAGCCCUCCUGACCCCCGAACAGACCCCUGCUAACACCAGUCAGUCCUGAUUCCUCUCAUAAUACCAGCUCUAGAUCUCUAUCUGAAAACCAGUUGGAGGUGGUUUUAUAACGCUACACAGAUCUGGUUUUGUAUUUGAUAAACGACCGAACUGACCCGUGGAACACAAGUACCUUUUACUAGUUGAUGCUCUUGACCAGCCACACUGUUCUCUACCCCUUUUCUAGAUUUGUAAAACAGUAAGACCUGCUGUUACUUCCUGUCGAACUCUAAAGGCCUUUACACAGCCAGGACGUGAAGAAUUACAGAGACAAACACGUGGGAAACUCGCCUACGAUCGUUACAUGCUGCGAGGCUUUUAUUUUGAAAGGGAUGACAGGAUGUGGUGUGAGCUGAUCAAGGUUGAAAGGAGUAUGAAUCUAUAAUAUUUUAAAUAUCUGUAAUAAGUAUUGGCUCUAUUCAACACAAACAUAUAUCAAAGUGCAGGAAAAACACCGUGUGUGUAGAGGCCUUCACUAUAACACCUUUUACAGAAUGAGCUCACGUUAAAGAACGUAAUACACACGUUAUCUGUCUGGGAUUGUGUUUGCUGCCACUUUUAAGGUCAAUAGCAUUAAGUUUUUGGCACUCAAAGCUCUUAAACAUUUCUGGUAUUCAUGAGCAACCUUAAAACAAAUCGACAGGUCUGACUGAAAACACUUAAAGGGCAUAUUUAGCAUCUAUGAUAAAAUAUCGCUCACGGGGUCGUUGUACCAGUCGGCUGGUAGCGCUCGUAGAUUUUCCUUAAUUUUUUCAUAGUUUUUUUAGCUAAAUACAUUUUCAAUUACUGUUGAAUAAUAACAGAACAUAUUUAAAACAGGUAGUAAUAUUUGUUUAAAUUUCUACGACAGACGGCCUCUGUUGAAGCUCUCAGGUUCUCUCUAAUGUUCUUCUGGUGACAAACUGGAAGAAGAAAAGCAUGUUGAAACAAUCAAGGCAAAUGUACUCGUGUAUAGUCUUUGAAAUUUCACCUUUUUUACUUUUCAUGAUAAAAGCAGCCCAUUUUAUAUGUUCAAAUAUCAAUGUGUUGACAGGUUUUCUCUGCCAAUCUUUUUUACAUUUGUAGUAAUCUUUGUAUGGAAGAGGAUUAGUGCCGUAUGUCAAAUCAGUUUUGGAGAUCUGACAUUAACUGAGAAUAUAUAUAAUAAUGUCAGAAUUCGCAAGAUUUCUGAAUUCUGGGGAAUUUUUUUCAUUUUUAUAAAUAACUCAAAAUUCUCGAGGAUAAAAAAGUCAGAAUUCUGAGAAAAAAGUCAGAAUUCAUUUAUUUUGUCUUUUCCUUUCUUCAGAAUUCUCACCUUUAGGUAUUCUUUAUUUUCUUUGAAUAUUCUAAAGUGUUUUUUAAUUUUGG